AUGCCCAGUGAGUCCAUGGUGGGGCUGGUUCCCAGCUACACCCUGCCACCUCAGUUUCUUAUGCUGAGAGUGCUUCAUGAUCCUUCCGUUUCCAAACCUGGCCGUUCAACUACAUUUUCUUUCGUUUUAGGGGAGCACCUGCGAAUCUGCCCACAAGGCUAUACCUGCUGCACCAGUGAGAUGGAGGAGAACUUUGCAAACAAAAGCCGAAGUGAAUUUGAAGCCAUGAUGAAAGAGGCCGGUCGCUCUGUGCAGACAACCCUAACAGCACAGCACAGAAGCUUUGACAGUUAUUUCCAGGAUUUGUUGAACAAGUCAGAAAAGGCCCUUUAUGAUGCUUUUCCAAGCCUGUACGGAGAUUUGUACACUCAAAACAUGAAGGUCUUCAAGGACUUGUACAGUGAACUACGCCGCUAUUACCGGGGCUCCAACAUUAACUUGGAAGAGGCCCUCAAUGAGUUCUGGACACGCUUGCUGGAGCGUCUCUUCAAGUUGAUGAAUCCCCAGUACCAUAUCACAGAUGAGUAUCUGGACUGCAUGGUGAAACAUGCAGAGCAGCACAAACCCUUCGGGGAAGUUCCCAGGGACCUGAAGGUGAAGGCAACCCGAGCCUUCAUUGCAGCACGCUCCUACGCGCAGGGCUUUCUUGUGGGCAGCGACGUGGUCAAAAAGGUGUCUCAGGUAUCUCUCAGCCAUGAGUGCACUCGUGCUAUCAUGAAGCUGAUGUACUGCCCGCACUGCCGGGGCAUGUCCAGUGUGAAGCCGUGCAACAACUACUGCCUGAACGUCGUGAAGGGCUGCCUGGCCAACCAAGCGGAUCUGAACACCGAGUGGAAGUACCUGAUGGAUUCCCUGGUCAUAGUGGCCGAUCGGAUCGAUGGACCGUACAACGUAGACACUGUAAUAGGGACUAUUCACAUGAGGAUUGCUGAAGCUAUUUCUAACUUGCAAGAAAACAAAGAUUCUAUCACGGCCAAGGUUUUCCAAGGCUGUGGAAAUCCCAAAAUCAGCACAAAAGGCUCCAGCACCGAGGACAAGAAAAGGCGGGGGAAGGUCGCAUUGGAAGCAAAAUCCUCUGCGCAAGCACUGGAGAUGUUGGUUUUAGAUGCCAAAGGGAAUCUGACAGCUCUCAAAACUUACUGGAUCACCCUGCCCGGCAGCCUUUGCAGCAAAAAAGUAAUGGCCAGCUCAGCAGCAGAUGACAAGUGUUGGAACGGGAUGACUAAGGGCAGUUACCUGCCCGAAGUGAUGGGGGACGGCUUAGCUAAUCAGAUUAACAACCCAGAGGUGGAGGUGGACAUCACCAAACCAGAUAUGACCAUUCGCCAGCAAAUCAUGCAGCUAAAGAUCAUGACAAACCGGCUGGGCAACGCUAAUAUCGGGAAUGAUGUGGAUUUCCAAGACGCAAGUGACGACAUGAGCGGCUCUGGGAGUGGUGACAGCUGUCCUGAUGACGUCUGUGGCAAAAGACUUUCUAAGAGCCCCAGCACCAGGCAGCCAGAAACACACGCUAUUCCUAAGCAGUCUGGACACGGCAUCAAUGGGGCCAGCAGCAGAUCUUUGCCUUCUGCCUUCCUCCUCUUCCUUUCGGUGGCUUUCAUUGCCGCACAGCACUUGUGGCGGUAA